UAUAUAGAUGUAAUUCCAACAAUUGUUUACAAAAUUUCCCUGAAGAAAUUAAUUAUUUUCUCUACGUACGUACUGUUCUCAAAUUAAAAGAAAAAAAGAAGAAACAAUGUCCAGCUGGAGUUUCACCAAUUUUCUUCUCCCUCUUCUUAUUUUAGCCAUUGCUGCUAAUGUUGUCGCUAGCAACCAAGAUCUUGACAAUGCGGUCCAAAGAACAAGGUCUGGGUUGUUAAAUGCCAUGAAAUGGGCUCAGGGUCUAGAAACACUUGACAAAGCAGACCGAGAUGGUUCGACAAAUUUUGCUGGUAUUGAGUGUGUUAAACUCUAUGAAGACACUGAGCCAAGGUUAGCACGGCUAGUCUCUGGUGAGAAGUAUUAUAGCGAUGACGAUGCUGUUACUUGGCUAAGUGCAGCUCUAGCAAGCCAUAGGAGUUGUUUAGAUGGAUUGGAAGAGAAAGGAUUGGUUUUUAAAAGUGAAGAGGCUCGAAACUUGACUUUGUUGCUUAAGGAUGCAUUGUUUAAUUAUGGACAACUAAGAAAAAAUGGAAGGGCCAAGGCCAGAAAGGGGGCACAACCGAGACCAAUCUCUAAUAAAGGUCGGGGACUUCUGGCAUCAUGGAAUGCAGCCAUAUCCAAAGCUGAUAUAGUCGUUGCACAAGACGGUUCAGGUAAUUAUAAGACAAUCAACGAGGCUGUGGCUGCACUCUCUCGGAUGACACGACCAGAAAGAACAAUUGUAUAUGUCAAAUCUGGUGUAUACCACGAAAAUGUCGAAAUUGGAAGGGAACUCAAGAAUUUGAUGUUUGUUGGUGAUGGCAUUGACAAAACUAUUGUGACUGGUAAUAAAAAUGUCCAAGAUGGAGCUACCACCUUAAGCUCAGCUACAUUUGGUGUGUCUGCUGAUGGAUUUUGGGCAAGGGACAUGACAUUUGAGAACACAGCAGGACCACACAAGCAUCAAGCUGUGGCAUUAAGAGUAGGCUCAGACCUCUCCGUUUUCUAUCGCUGCAGCUUUAGAGGUUAUCAAGACACGCUCUUAGUACACUCACUGAGACAAUUUUAUCGCGAUUGUCACAUAUAUGGCACGGUAGACUUCAUAUUUGGUGAUGCAGCCGCGGUGUUUCAGAACUGCGAUAUUUUUGUAAAGAGACCAAUGGAUCACCAAUCCAACAUGAUAACAGCGCAGGGAAGAGAUGACUCGAAUGAAAAUACAGGGAUUGUUAUACUAAAUUCACGAGUUUCACCAUCCUCAGAGUUCGGUGCUGUUAAAGGGAGUUUCCAGAAUUACCUAGGAAGACCGUGGAAGAAAUAUUCAAGGACGGUUUUUAUUAAGACGGAUUUGGAUGGAUUGAUUCACCCAAGAGGGUGGAAAGAAUGGAGUGGUAAUUUUGCACUAUCAACAUUAUAUUAUGGAGAGUACAUGAAUACAGGUAGUGGAGCUGAUACUGGAAACAGAGUAAAUUGGCCUGGUUUUCAUGUGUUACGUGAUGCCAAUGAAGCAAGUCCAUUUACAGUAAGAAAUUUCAUACAGGGUGAAUCUUGGAUCCCAGCAAGUGGAGUGCCAUAUUUGGCUGACAUAUGAUAUAUAUGUAUUUGACAAGAGACUGAACAUUAAUGUGUAGGCUAUCAAAUUGGCAAAUAUGCAUGUUAAUUACUACUGUUGUAUUUA